CAAUCAAUUCAGUCCAACAAUGCUGCAUAUAAAUGCUCCGUCUCAACUGGUUUAUGCGGAUGAACACAUUAAGACAAAGCUUCAUCUAGUUUAAUAAAUAACUAUGAGAUGGAGAGCUAUGCUGAGAAACAAUCUUGUUCUUCUGUCCACCUUCAUAGCGAUCGUAGUAGGAAUCGGCAUGGGUGUUAUAUUAAAUGUAUUUAUUGUCCCAGAGUCUGCUUUGUUAUGGAUAGGUCUUCCCGGGGAACUUUUCAUCAGAUCAUUAAAUUUGGCUGUUAUCCCUUUGAUAAUCACAAAUAUAAUUUCAAGUAGUCUUUGUUUACUUUAGAAUUCUUAGAAACUUGAUAUAUAUAGUGUCGUCUAAGCUGAAGCCUUCAGUACAAGGGAAAAUGGCGUUACUUGCUUUGGGAUAUUGUAUUUUGAUGAACAUUCUUGGUGCUUUUCUGGGUCUCGGUAUUACGACACUUAUCGACCCAGGUUCAUAACUAUUUCUCCCUAACUUUCUCAGGUGGCAGGUUUACUGCGAGUGCUAAGAUGACAGGCACAAUGUCAAAAGGUUCAAGGAGAAUCAAAAUUUCGGACGUAUUUCUAGAUUUCUUCAGAAAUAUGGUUCCUGAUAACUUUGUAAAAAUGUUUUUGUUUUCGACAGUUACAACAUACAAGCCAGUCGGAUCUUCUUUCUCCAACUCAGAUGGUAACUCAUCUUCAAAUACAACUUACAAACGAGUAAUUGAAGAUACAGCACAAACAAAUAUCCUAGUUGCUGGGUCUCGAAAGGAAAAAUCACGUCCAUUAAUUUCAUUGGUUGAGUCUAUUUCUGAAAUAAUGACUGUAAUUAUUGAGUUUAUUAUCAAAUUACUCCCAGUUGCCAUAGUCAGUUUAAUCGCUUAUGCGAUAGCGCGGAUGGAAAGAAUUGAGGAUAAUUUCAUAGCUCUGGUUCUGUUUGUUGCAUCAUCAAUUACAUUUCUUUCAAUCAUCGUACUUGUGAUCAUGCCGUUAUUGUUCUUCAUAGUAGUAAGGAAAAAUUUAUUUCGAUUCUAUAUCUGUUUAUCUGAACCUGUACUAACUGCUUUCAGUUCGACCAGCUCUUUAAUUGCUCUUCCACAACUUUUUCAAGUCUGUGAUCGUUAUGGUAUAGACUCAGAUUUAGUACGAACUGUGGCACCAUUUCUCACCAGUUUCAAUGCAAAUGGAUCUGCUGCAUUUAUUGCAUCUGCGGUUUGUUUUUUAACUCAAUUAGCUAAACACCCAUUAAAUGCUGGUCAGUUUAUUGCAGUUGGGUUCUUAUCCGGUGUCAAUGUAAUGGCAUUGCCUGCGAUUCCAAGCGCGAGUAUCAUAACUGUUAUUUUAAUAACACGUGCAUUUGAUGUUUCUGAUUCUGCUGUUUCAUUACUGUUCGUCACAGAGUUUAUUGCUGAUCGGUUACGUACUGUUGUAAAUGUUAUGAGUCAUGGUACUUGUGUUCUAUUUGUUCAUAUGAAAUUAAAACAGGUUAGUUCUACGUCGAAUAUUCAAAAUCAUUUAAUUCAAACUACAGACAUUGUCAACGAUUCAAUGUCAUCCGACGAUGUAUCAUAGUUGUUAAACAAAUUAAUCAAACGAAAAUAGUGUUCUCUUGUUUUCUUGCACAUUUGUUUUGUAUUGUCUAUUUGUCUUUCUGUUUACUCAAAUACAUUCUUAUAUUAUUUUGAUUUAGUUGUUCAUCUCUUUGUUGGGAUCAUUAAUUUAAUUAUUUUAACUAAUUUCCACCUCUUGUUAUGCUCACCUUAGAUGUAUUUUUGUUUAAAUUUUAUAAUAUUUUCAUUGAAAAAUCAGUGACAACAAUCCUUUUAUAUCAAAUCAUAUGAUGAAUCAAAUCUAAUGAGAUUCGUAUCUCUAGUUUUCCCGAAGUACCAACUUAUCGAUGAGCUUCAUUGCACAAACUUUCAAUCAGGUUUAAUUUUCAUUUUGAUUGUUGACUUUUAUCUAUAUUGUCAGAAUUUUAUUAUUUUUCUGUAUAUUUUAUGAUUAAUUUCCUUCAAAAUCUCCCUCGAUGUUAAGUGACUUGUGUUUUAUUAUAAAUACGCAUAUUUACCUUUUUU